AUGGUGGGUAAGAAGUCUGGAAAGGCGCUCCUGCGGGAGGAAGGCCUGGAAAGGACUGACAACAAUAUGGAACUUACCAGCUGGCCCGCCAUUGCAGCCAUAAAUCAGAAGAACUACUACACAGAAUACCUGAAGAGAGAUGAUCAGAUCCUAGCGUACCGGCUUCAACAAGAGGAGAACCGAAAUCGCAUGACCAAACAAGCUAGGGAUCGAGAUAGAGCACUUGCGCAAGGGAGACCUAUGGGACCGGAUGGCGAUGUCGAGAUGGAUGAAGAACAAGACGAGGUCCAAGACGAAGUUUCGAAGGGAACCAAGACCAUCGUCAUUCAUAUUGGAAGCCAGAAUUUGAGGAUAGGUCUGGCCAGUGAUGCUUUACCAAAGACGGUACCCAUGGUGAUUGCAAAGAGGUCACAGAAGAGCGAAUCUGAGGAGCCAGAUGGGGAGCCCAAGCCUAAGAGAGUUAAGCUGGGUGAUGGAGGUGAUCCUGAGCCAGAGAAACAGUUUGGAGAGGAGUUCGCGAGCCGAUUUGCUGCUAUGAGUAACGAGCUGAAGAUACGCAUGCGAAUGAACAAACGAAGGGUAUUGCCACAAUCUAGGGACAUGGUGCUCAGCUACAACAAACGAAACCCACCAGAAACCAUAUCCGAACACAACGACCCUCUCCGAAUAGACUGGACAGAGAUACCUACCAAUCCAAAACAGGCUCCAGAGUACAUUACCGGCAAGAAGGCCCUAAGAAUACCUGAUAAGUCUACUCCCCGCUACAAGCUAUAUUGGCCGAUCCGACAUGGAUGGGUGAACGAGCUCGACUACCAGUCGAAGAACUUUGUAUGGCACGAUAUUGCUCUUAUUAUCCGAGAUGCGAUUACUGAGCAUCUGGGACUGAACCUAAAGCCUCGCAGAGAGUGGGCGCAGUAUGCUUGCGUCUUUGUGAUACCGGACCUCUACGACAGGAAAUAUGUCACAAGCCUGUUAGCGAUGGGAUUGACUGAUUUCGGGUUCGGCAGAGUCUGUUUCUUCCAGGAAAGUUUGGCCGCAUCGUUCGGAGCAGGGUUCAGUACCGCGUGUAUCGUCGACAUUGGGGCACAAAAGACAUCAAUCUGCUGUGUGGAAGAAGGCAUGUGCAUUGAGAGCUCGAGGGUCAACCUCAAAAUGGGUGGUCACGACGUGACCGAGACUUUCAUCAAAAUGCUGCUUUACAAUCAUUUCCCCUAUGCCGAUAUCAACCUCAAACGAAGAUACGAUUUCCUUCUCGCAGAAGAGUUGAAACAGAAGCACUGUACCAUGAACGAGUCGGACAUCACUGUGCAAUUAUUCGACUUCCAUCUACGAGCUGCUGGCCAAGACACCCGCAAAUAUACCUUCAAAGCAUACGACGAAGUCAUCCUUGCUCCUUUAGGUCUUUUCAAGCCUCCCAUAUUCGACGACGAGCACAAACUCGACGGACGACGAAGGCUGAUCGAUCGCUCCUACGACAUCUAUGAGGGUGCAGCAAACGAUCCAACCUCAACCGCGCAAGCCGAGAUCUUGACCCAAAUCGCUCCUCAUCUCGCCGUGCCCACCAAACCCGACACCAAUGGCCCUACCACCAACGGCAACGGAACCACCACCAACACCACCACCGAAACAAACGGCUACCCCGACCACCCAGCCAAAGCACGCCCGCAAUCCCAAUCCUUCGCGCGCAUCAAAGACAGCAACUCGACGCCGCGCUCCACGCCCGCCGGCUCACCGAUCCGCGAUCUGGAAUCCACGCCCCAACCCUCCGGCACGCCCGCGCUGGAAAAACCGGCGUCGGACUCGGAAGGCGAAGAGGAGCCGCUCUCGAUCGAACGGCGCGACGACAUCCUCGCCGUGCACCCGCUCCCCAUCUCCAUCCUGACCUCCAUCACGCAUGCGUCGCGCACGUCGUCGCAGAAGAUCCGCGAUUUCCUCGGCGGCAUCAUGCUCGUCGGCGGCUCGUCGCUGAUCCCCGGCCUGCCGGCCUACCAGGCGAUCCGACCCGGCUACGCCAAGGACAUCCUCAUCGGACGGCCCCCCCGCGAACUCGAUGCUCAGGUCGUGGCCUGGAAGGGCGGCAGCGUGUUCGGGCGCAUGGGCAAGACAAACGAUAGCUGGGUCGGCGGCUUGGAGUAUGAGCGCCUGGGCGAGAGGGUGCUCGGCUAUAAAUGUAUGUGGGCUUGGUGA